AUUUUUUUAAUAUAAUACAUAUAUAAAUGUAUAGAAAUAAUAUGAUCUAAAUAUUCUAACAUUUUUAAUGAUAUAUUUUAUUAUUUAAAGGAACAUUACCAAAUUGUGCGUUUUAUAAUUUAUUAGAAUGUUAAAUUAUUCAAUGAUGUUAAAUAAAUAAUUUGUACAUCUACGGUAUGUUUGUGUAAUGUUGCAUUCAGAUUUAUUUAUCAAACGGUAUAUUCAUUUAUUUGAUUUUCUCUAUUUUCACCCUCAAUAUUUAAUAGAAUGUGCUGAUAUGAGCAGUUAGGGUCUGAUAUCUAGUUAACUCAAGUAAAAUUACACUUUCUUUUCCAAAUACCAAUUUCAGUAUGUUGUUUACUGUUCCAACAAUUAAUAUAGAGGCAAUAAAUCCUAUUUUCAUUAAGUUUGCGGCUCUCAUAAGCAAUUACAAAAUGUAUGAAGAAAAGAUCUAAAAGGGUUAAUUAUAGUUAAAGAUACUUAAUUGAUCCUGAAGGAACAUUAAACAAAUGUAUUUCUGCUCAAUGACUGUAAGAAUCUAAAUAAAAAAUAGAAAUGAAGAUUAAUAAUCAGCCGUUGGAAUCAAACCUCUUGUUUUGAACCUGGAAUGUGCCAUUUGUAUUUUUCUCCAGCAGGUGGCAACAGUGAGUUGAGACGCUACUUAGAAACCCCUGCGUCAAACAUGAAGAAGAAUCUUAGCUUCCACUGGCAGAUUGGAUGAGUGAGAAUUUUCACCUGCACACUCAUUAACAGAGUUAGCUUUGCUUUGUUGUUUUAUGUGUCUUUCGAGCAACAAUGCCCACCUCUCGGUCGCUGAGAGAGAUUAUUCGGGCGCGUCUGACCGAUGCUGCUGAAGAAAUAUUCACAGAGUUUGAUAAAAUCAUCGUCAAGUAUGAAGAAGAGCUGGAUCGUCAUCGAAGGCUGCUGGAAAUCAGCUGGAAACCUGAAACAAACCUACAGAGGAUAGAAAACCAACAGCAAAUUGUCCAAAGGGAGGAUAGACUUCAUCUUCACCAUUGUUUCUGCAACCAGCAAAGACUCAACCAAGAGGAACCAGGGCCUCCACAAUUAAAAUACCGACAAGAAACAGUCAAACCUCUCCAGAUUCAAGAAAACAACGAAGAACUAGAUCCUGUGGGGGGAGAAGAAAACCCAGAUGAAGGUGAAGCAAUACAGAUUGUCGAAUACCAGGUGGAACCAGCAUCACCCACGAUAACGGAUAAUCAAAAAGCAGCGCCUUGGGAGCUAAAAGAGGAUCAAGCAAAACUAGAAUUUCUGAAAAGAAGAGUGGAACAGGAGGAGCCAGAAUCUACAGAAAUAAAGGAUGAACAGGAGGAACUCUGCAUCAGUCUAGAGGAAGAGCUUGAAAUCAAGCAGGAGAGUGAUACCUUUGUUAUAACUUAUGAGGAAAGAGGAACGGACGCAAACAGCAACAAGCUGCAUGAAAACCAGUAUAAUAAAAUAAUUGAUGCUGAGGGUUCAGGAUCAAAUGGCGAUGGGGGUAGAAGUGACAAAGGAGACAACCUUAGACUAAAAGAACAGAAAAAUAAACACACAUCUUGUUCCUGUAAAGUUUGUGGAAAACGUUUAGCUCGUACCUAUUUAACUGAACACAUGAGAAUUCACACGGGAGAAAGGCUUUUCUUGUGCACAGUCUGUGGAAAAAGUUUUCGGCAAAAAAGUCAUUUGACUGUUCACAACCGAAUUCACACAGGAGAAAAGCCUUUCCCCUGCGUGAUUUGUGGAAAAAGUUUUACCCUACUAAUGAUUUUAAAAAAACAUAAGAACUCACACAGGUGAAAAACCUUUUUCCUGUCUGACCUGCGGUAAAAGUUUCAGGCAUAA